CCAUCACAGCACACGAAGGAGCCGGUGCUGCGGCGGUUGUCCAUCGACGCCCGCGCAGACGACCACGGUUUUAUGUUCGCCAAUCGCACUGCCAGUCUGCCUGUUUUGUAGUGGAAGCUUGCACAUUGCGAUCACAAUUGCCCGAAUGUGCAUCAGCCCGUAGCCACUGCAGAUUAUCCCGUCUUCCUCAGAGCUCGUGUAGCUCCACCCACUCGCACCCUACGACGCAAACACGCCCGGCCAACCACCAAGACACACAAUUCCAAGCCGCCGUCAUGUUCGCGGUUCCGUCGGAUCCGCCCUCGACGCCAGACCGGCGGUCGUUUCGAAGUAUCCCUUCGACGACGCCGGCUGGUCCACCGCCGUCUGCGACACGCCCGUUCCCUUCCUUCACGCCAAAGGGCCCUCCUCCGCCUUCUUCGGCCUUCGGAAGCUCUCAGUUCGGCACUGGACGCUCAAGACAGCUAUUUCCAGGCCGCAACGAGUCUGGAGCAAUCGAUCGGGGGCGACGGCCGCUGCCCAGCAGUCCUCCAGAGCGCAUAGUUAUCGAUGACGACGCAAAUUCAGAUGACGGACUCGCGCCUGCACUUACGGCUCCGGAAGAGGACUCGAUGAUGGUCGACGAUAGCAUUGCGCAGAUCAGCCCUGGUUUUGGCUUCAUGAGGUCGCUCAACGCAAGCUCGCGUUUCGAUUCACCGCGUGGUAACAAGAGGACAAGGGCUGGCGAGGUGCUUCGACAAGCACCUGAUAUGCCUCGACGCAUCGAGGGCCUCGAUAUCCAAGGUUAUGCCAAAGGCAUUGCCGGCUCGGCAGGUCCCCUAAGCCUUAAUGAGCCCGACGACAUGAUUGUCGGAACAGAGCUCCAGACCGAGCCACUGCUCAGCGUCAUGAGGUCUCGAGCGGGUUCGGAGGAGUCGUCAGAAAUGGCAGGAGAAUUGCUAAAGCUAUGGCAUCACUACGGCGCUCUGACCAGGGAGGAGGUCGAAAGUGAAAAUGUCGGUCCAUCUGACAGUAACCAGGGCCUUCCAAAAGCAGUCAUGCUUGCAAGUUUGUUGGGGCUGCUUUACAUACCGCAGACUGACGCCGGAGAACGAAAGCCCGUACCCAAAGCCCUGCUUGACUGGCUUGACGAGAACCAUGAUCCUAGUGCGGCUACAAUCAGCGACGUGCUAGCGCAGCAGCGGCGAGGCUACUAUGCCUCGCCCAACUUCUGGGACGCUGUCUAUCUCGCGAUGAAUCGCGGGCGCUUCGGUAUUGUGAUUCGAUUGCUUGAAGGCGCACGCUUCGAAGAUAACUCCGAACAGCAAUUCACCGACCAGCAGGCUGACGGUAUAAGAGAGGUCAUCUCCAAAGCUGUUGAUACGCUGAAGAAAUGCCCUGCCCUCUCAGCGCAGAAUUGGGACGUUAAGGACCAAGACUGGGUUCUUUUCCGACACCAGGUCAAAGCGGCAAGCGACGAAUUGCGUAACUAUGCAGAGCAGGAGAGCAGCGGAUCUGUUAGCUUGUGGGGCUCGCACCUUGGACGUAGCGACAAUUUGAGCAUGAGCCAGCGCAGCCGAAAGAUUGACAGCAAUGUGCCGUUUGAGAUCUAUGAGCCGCUGCAGGACAUGUACAACCAGCUUUCGGGCGAUCCAGCCGACAUUCUCAAAUCAUGUUUCGACUGGCUGGAGGCAGCAGUCGCCCUCACUGUGUGGUGGGACGGUAACGAGGUUGGCCUUGGCAGGGGCAGUCUGGCCGCAAGUCGACACUCGUUGUCGAAGCACAAACACACGCGCGAGGUGGACCUGAAUCCAUUGCAAGCAUACCGCACGCAGAUUGCCACAUCCCUGGCAUUAGCACUGGAAGAGGAGGACGUACGAGAGGGGUUAGAUGUCGCAAACGACUUGCACCUGGGAUUGGCCUGUGUCAUGCUCGGCGAAGUUGAGCUAGCGAUCGAACUCUGCAAAAAUUGGUCCAUAUCGAUCGCAAGCGCACUCACCGAGCUGGCGACGGCGGGACACUGGCUAUUUGACGCCGACACGAGAGGCACCAUCGAGAAUUUUGACAAGAGCGAUCUUAUGGUUCUAAGCUAUGGACAGCCGACGCAGAGAAGCAGCAUGAAGGAUCGCAUUCUGCAGCAAUAUGCAGUCAUUCUGGCGGACCAGAAGAAGACAUUCGUGUCAUCGACUUUGGGUGUCGAGAUGCAGGGCUGGGAAUUGGCGAUGAGAGUGCUAAGUCGCCUCGACGACAUUGACAAAGCGGAGAGCAAGGUCACUGAACUGCUCGACAGCAUGCAAUUCACCAGUAGCGAGCAAGUCGAUGGCGUUCUCAUUCUAUGCAGUGAGCUUGGCUUCGGCCAACACGCCAUGAACAUUUCUGAGAAAUAUGCCGACAUGCUCUCUGACUCGACCCAUAACUACGGCGAUGCCAUCAUGUAUUACCUGCGUGCCCACAAGUUUAGCAAAGCGAAGAAAGUGAUUGAUGUGCUCAUCACAAGCUCGCUCGUCCAAUCGGCAGCGUACCCACCAAAAUCGAAGCUGGAUUCUCGGAUGAAGGAAUUCAUUGAAUCUCCAAAGGAGACACUUAAUGGUCUGGCUUCAAUAGACCUGGAGGCGGCGCAACGCCUGGCAACCUGGCUGAGCGGUUACGCAACGCUCCGAGGUUUCUACGAUCUACGCGAUGAGAAAGUUGAGGAAGAUGUGAGCGAUGCGGCACGGAGAGGCAAGGCAGCUGCGGCCCUUCUGACUGUCAUCUCGAGUGCCAACGAUCCAAUCCGUGGCGGCUUGUUUGAUCCGAGCACUGAGGUUGUAGUGCCGGUGAACAGUCUUCUCGUGCUCCUUGGAGAAGCCCUACCGCUGUUGAGGGGCCCGACCUCAGCAUUCACCCUGCCUCAACUAUUCACUCUGCUCAAGGCCGUGGAAGACCUUCAAACGAUUGGCCCGCGUAUCUAUGCGUCUUGCGAGGCUCUAUACCAGACCACUCUCGACAAUGCUUUUGGCUCGGAUGUGCCUUCUCCGCGAGCGAUGCUACGGAAGGAGACUAGCGGCAUGACGGCUAGCAGCCAGUUCAGCUUGGUCGGCAGCUCAAUGCUCAACUCGCAAGAGACCGGGAUGACGAUCAGUGGAGAAGACAGCGCUGUUCUGAUCAAGUCAAGCGACGUUAAACGAGGAUGGGACUGGCGAAAGGGCCUCAAGAGGAACCUGAAAGGCGAGGAUGUUCUCAGGAUAUUGCGGUUGCAGCUCGCUGAGAAGGUUGCUGACGCGUGGGCGGACGGCGAACAGUCAUGCUGAAGAGGACGACAAAGGACACAAUCAUUGUCAAAACGUAACAAUCUGUAGAUACCCAGUACAUCCAAUGCCCGAGACAAAGCUUUUUUUUGGCUGCGCUUAACUUCCCCCAAACACGGGAAUACGUGAUGGUCAGAAAGAAGUCUUCUAGAACACUUUUUCUACCCGGCAUCUUGGAUUCUUUUAUCUUGGGCCGUUCCCGAAUUUUCGUCAAGGAUCCUCGCCACACGUUGUGUUAGGCAAGCCAGAAGGAUUUAGAGUUGUGAUGGCUCAUCACACACGCGCAUGGGGUGGUGCCGCAGGCUUAGUGCGAAAGGGACGCGGCAACAGUUGCGCAAUCUGCCGUUGGAUUCAAGCCCCAACCGAUCGAAUUUGCGGAUCGUCAACGGACGUCAAACGAGAUCUAAGAUGUGGGGGGAAAUAAAGCCGUCUCAAAAAUAAAAGAUUAGAAUUGUCGCGCUCAAUUUCGACUUGAUAUAUGUGUAUGUAUAUACCGC